AUGGACGACCACACCAAGGCGCUGGCGGACCUCACCACGGCCAUCGCCGCGCUCACCACCAAGAUCGACGCCCUCCAGCCCGUGGUGCUUGAGCUGCAAGGUUGGAAACACGUCGUCGAGCGAUCCAUGGAGGAGCUGCGACAGGAGGUCGGCAGCCUCCGCACGCAGAUCAGCGACAAGGCUCCGCCGGUGGACAAGGCCAAGGAAACGGCGCCGACCCAGGUCCGCCUCGCGGAUCUGCCGCCCCUGCUUCCCCUGCUGGUGGACGUGCCACGGCCACAACACGGCGGUGUUCCCGAUCUCGGGCCACAGAGCCACGGAGUCGCAACAGAUCUUCGGGGGAAAUCGUCGGGGGAACACUACACCCCGCGAUUGCCUCCGGCCACUGGUACGUUCGACUCCUAUCAUCAAGGAGAGCAGUCGUUCUUAGGGGACCGGGGUUAUCAUCGCUUACCACCACCGCCGCGUUUCGAUUUCCCUAUUUUCGACGGGACUAGCCCGAAAGCUUGGCGCCUCAAGUGCAAAGCCUACUUCCGGGUAUGCACGAUCAGUCCAAAUGCGUGGGUUAGUUGCGCUUCCAUGUAUUUCACAGAAGGGGCACUCACCUGGCUGCAAUCCUCGCAAGCACACCUCCACUACCCGGAUUGGGGUGAUUUUGCCGCUGCCAUUUGCACCCAAUUUGGGCGAGAAGAAUUUCAAAAUCUUCUCCGUCAGUUCAACAGGCUUAAGCAAACUGGGACAGUGGCCGAAUAUGCUGAGCAAUUCACGCAAAUUAUGCAUCAACUCUUAGCUCACCACACCUCUUGGGAUCCCGCUUUCUUUGUUACUCAGUUUAUAGAUGGAUUACAGCGCGAUAUCCGCACGGCUGUUGUUUUACAUCGCCAAAAAACACUGGAUACUGUUGUGGAUCUUGCAUGUUUGCAGGAGGAAUCCACCGCGGCUGAUGCUGAUUGCUGUGUAUUGUCUAAAGAAGCUCUGGAAGGUGCCGAAUCAGCCACAACCAUGCGGCUCCACGGCUGGGUUCAGAAACGAGAAGUGCUCAUGCUCGUGGACUCGGGAUCAUCCCACAGUUUCGUCAGCUCUGAGUUGGCAGCACAGUUGCAAGGUGUUUAG